AAUAUGGACGUCAGUGACUCAAAACAUGUCGCGCGUUGCGCUUCAGGGUGAUAGAACAAGCUUAAACUGGUUUCUUUUUCACGUUUCGCGAGUGACAUUAGGUUUCUUUGAAUGUGCGAACGUUUUCGAUCAGGAAUCAUCGUUUAUUUUCGACGGAGUAUCCGUAGAAUGUCAGAAAAUUGCGAAUGCUAGGUGACAACUGCAAGUGGUCUGCUUUGGAGUAGUGAGAAGGGGUAAAAAUACAGGGCCGCCUUUACGUGAGAGCAAACGGAGUACCGCGUCGGGGCGCCUAUUGCCAGAGAUGUUUCAACGAUAAAGAAAACAGAAAUUCGAAAAAUGAAUAAAAAUGAGGCGUCUAAAUCGGAAGUUGAAUUUUCGCGCUGAUACCUCUGGCGUCCAGCCUGGAGAGACACGUGGCGGCAGCACCGUACAUUUAAAGAGAACAUUUAAAGGGAAAGUACGAGAGAGAGAGGAGAGCUGAAUGCUGUGAUGAGACGAAGAUAGGGCGAUGAGAGUGAGAUCAUACCAUAUUGCCAGCGCCGCGGUGCGAGAAAGACCGGUGAUUUCGUUCAACUACACACGGUAGUCGGUGUUUGGCCACGAGAGCGGGAUAGUCGAGUUAGAGAUGAAGAAGGAUAACGGAUAGCGAGAAGGAGGGCAGACUUGCGAGGGAGAGGCGACGAGUUUGUUUAUCGCCUUGGUGAACGGCGAGAGCAGUCAGUGCGGUGCUACACUUGGCCUGUAGUGGUUGGGACGAUUGGUGGUAGCUCGGUUCGUAUGUUCGGUCUUGUUCUUUUGACAAUUUGUACUUGGAAAAGUUGUGCGCGGGUGGCCACGUCGUGUGUUCCGCGUCGCGCACAUGUCAGCGUCGGUUUAACAUCGCCCGUAGACCCGGUGCCCUGAAGAGCAUGCCGCUAACCAUUGCCAAAACAUAGUCGUUCAGUGUAUCGUGUGCCAAAGAUCGGUGACAUUCGUGUCAUACCCCAGCAAAGAUCGUUUGGAAUUUCACCAACAUCGUGGGAAGAACCCGCAUCGCCGUAAUAUUUAAAAGAUAAGGCGACCAAGGUGACCGAAAUCUCGCAGUGCCGUUUCGAGCAGUCGCGUUUUAGCUUCGAUUAUUAUCAGCCCCACCUUCUUCCCUUCCUUUUUCCAUUCUCCGUUGAACCGAUCCGAGACGAUUCGCGGCGAUGGUGUACGGAAAGUAAAUGAAAAUUCGCGGGACGCGUCGGAUUUAUCGGGAGACUUCGUUUAGUUUCGUUCGCGUCGUGUUCGCGUCGCGUUGAUCCGCUCGGUAGGAAAUAAAUUAGAAUCGCGUAACGGUGACGAACGCGCGCGAUCGAGCACCGCGUCGGUAACAGUGUUAUCAGAAUAUUCCUUGUCAUUUCCCCGUCAACACGAUGAUCGUUAAAACGAGCUUGUUGUGCGUCCUGACGGUGAUCGGUACCCUCGUGAAAUCGGAACCGGGACCACGUCUGCGAUCCACGCCAAUCUACACCAAUCAAUUUGCGGUCCACGUGCCGGAUGGACCGGAUGCUGCCGCCGAGAUCGCCUCCAAAUAUGGAUUCGACAACUACGGACAGAUUGGAGCACUGAAGGAGUACUUCCUCUUCGCUGACAAACGACUUCACAAGAGGUCUCUCUCCAGCAGCGAAUCGCACCAUAAGACGUUAAGGGAUGAACCGAGGGUACGAUGGUUCCAGCAGCAGCACGAGAAGAAGCGCAAGAAGAGGGACUUCGCGCCCACGUCGUUCGCAUUCAGCGAUUACCCGUCAUUUUUCGACGAGUUUGGCCCGCGUCCUCGGCAAGCCACGUUCCAUCGGCAAAGAAAUAGAGGUGUACCCUUCCAGAACCUGUUCACGGAUCCGCUCUUCAAGGAACAGUGGUACCUGAACGGCGGGGCCAAGGAUGGCUACGAUAUGAAUCUUGGCCCAGCGUGGCAGAAGGGUUACACUGGCAAGGGUGUUGUCGUGUCGAUCCUCGACGACGGCAUACAAACGAAUCAUCCCGACCUGGCACUGAAUUACGAUCACCAGGCCAGCUGGGAUAUCAACGACAACGACAACGACCCGAUGCCAAGGGACAACGGUGACAACAAGCACGGGACUCGAUGCGCUGGCGAGGUCGCCGCAGUUGCUUUCAACCAAUACUGCGGCGUCGGCGUCGCCUAUAACGCCAGCAUAGGAGGCGUGCGAAUGCUCGAUGGCCCGGUAAACGAUGCCGUCGAAGCCAGAGCACUGGGAUUGAAUCCUGAUCACAUCGAUAUAUAUAGCGCUUCUUGGGGCCCCGAGGACGAUGGUAAAACUGUCGAUGGUCCUGGCCCUCUUGCCAGGAGGGCGUUUAUUUACGGUGUAACCAGCGGGCGCAAGGGCAAGGGCUCGAUCUUCGUGUGGGCGUCAGGGAACGGCGGUCGUCACACGGACUCUUGCAACUGCGACGGCUACACGAACAGUAUCUUCACUUUGUCCAUAUCGAGCGCCACGCAGGGCGGCUACAAGCCCUGGUACCUCGAGGAAUGCAGCUCUACUCUCGCCUCGACUUACUCCUCGGGGACUCCAGGCAACGACAAGAGCGUCGCAACGGUAGAUAUGGACGCCAAGCUGCGACCAGAUCAUAUUUGCACAGUCGAGCACACCGGAACGUCGGCCUCGGCCCCGUUGGCAGCGGGGAUCGCCGCCCUAGCUCUCGAGGCGAAUCCCAGCCUCACGUGGAGGGACAUGCAGUACCUGGUGGUCCUCACCUCGAGAUCCGGCCCUCUCGAGAAGGAGCCUGGCUGGAUCCUCAACGGAGUCAAGAGAAAGGUCUCCCACAAAUUCGGUUACGGGCUGAUGGACGCCGGGGCUAUGGUCAGCUUGGCCGAACAGUGGACCAACGUGCCACCCCAGCACAUCUGCAAGUCCGACGAGAUCAACGAGGAGAGACGUAUCGAUCCCACCUACGGUUACACGCUCAGCGUCUACAUGGACGUCACCGGUUGCGCUGGAUCCUUGAACGAGGUUCGCUUCCUCGAACACGUGCAAUGCAAGGUUUCGUUGAGGUUCUUCCCGCGAGGAAAUUUGAGAUUGCUGUUGACCUCGCCGAUGGGCACCACGUCAACUUUGCUGUUCGAGAGGCCGCGGGAUGUUCUCAGCUCUAACUUCGACGACUGGCCCUUCCUCAGCGUGCACUUCUGGGGUGAAAAGGCGGACGGUCGAUGGACUCUGCAAAUCAUUAACGCCGGGAAUCGGCACGUUAACUCACCAGGAAUCCUAAAGAAGUGGCAGCUAAUCUUUUACGGCACCGCGUCGAAUCCCAUCAGGAUACGAACACGUCAAUAUAACCCGGUACAAGCGCAUUCUUCGUACUCCUCAGUGCAAUACCCAUUCACAGUAGACGAUGAACCACUAUCACUGGGCCAUCGCGGCGACGUCGACUUCUUUCCUUCGUCUACCUUUCAGGGCUACCAGGGCCCGUACGUCGGCGCCGGUUCCAACGUCCAGGCGUCCGUGGCAACCUUGGACGGUUCCUCCGCACCCAUCCUGACUAAUCGACUACCUGGGGACACGUCGUCCGCUUUCGAUUCACCCCCAUCCUCGUCUCAAGUCGGAGACGACUCCCUGGACACUACCAGAAAAGUUCUGCACGACUGUGAUCCCCAGUGCGAUGCUCAGGGGUGCUACGGAAACGGACCCACGCAAUGUAUCAACUGUAAAAAUUACCGACUCGACAAUACGUGCGUGAGUCGGUGUCCGCCGAGGAGCUUCCCCAAUCAGGGUGGAGUCUGCUGGCCCUGCCACGAGUCCUGCGAAAUUUGCGCUGGGGCUGGCCAGGACUCUUGUCUCUCCUGCGCACCCGCUCAUCUUCGAGUCACCGAUCUGGCAGUGUGUCUCCAGCAGUGUCCUGAAGGAUAUUACGAGAACACGGAGAAUAGCACGUGCGUACCUUGCGAGGCGAAUUGCGCCAGUUGCCAGGAUAGGCCGGAUAAAUGCACCAGUUGCGAGCAUCACUUGGUCAUGUACGAGAACAAGUGUUACGCGUCGUGCCCUGUCUACACCUACGAAACUCAAGAUUACAGCUGCGCGGCGUGUCAUUCCACGUGUGAAACUUGCAACGGCACCGCCGAAAACCAAUGCAUCGCCUGUCGGCCCGGAUUGUUUUCACUGAACGGAACAUGUCGAGCAUCUUGUCCAGCUGGAUACAGCGCGGACAAGAAACGACGAGAGUGCAUGCCGUGUCCUCCAGGAUGUGCAACCUGUGCGACGUCGACAUGCACGAGCUGCAUCACGGAGUGGAGCCUGAACGAAGAAGGAUUAUGCGCUCCCGAGCACCGCGAUCAGUGCGAGACUUCCGAAUAUUACGAUAACGGGCACUGCAAACCGUGUCAUACAUCGUGCAGGACCUGCGCGGGUCCUUCGGAGAAUUACUGUAUCUCCUGUCAGAACUCCUUGCUACUCCAAGGAAUGCGUUGCGUCUAUCAAUGCGACGACGGCUAUUAUUCCAUGGCGCAACCAUCCAGACCUGUUUGCGUUCCUUGUUUACAUACCUGCAAAACUUGCGUGUCCCGAUUGAACUGCACCGCCUGUCAGGAUGGAUUGCAGCUGCAGAGCGGAGAGUGCAGGUCGUCUUGCGCCCAAGGAUAUUAUAGCGAUAGAGGUCAAUGCGCCAAAUGUUACUUAUCGUGUAACACGUGCUCCGGACCUAGAAGGGAUCAGUGCGUAACGUGUCCUCGUGGCUGGCAACUGGCAGCGGGAGAGUGCCACCCGGAAUGUCCCGAAGGAUUCUUCAAAUCCAACUUCGGCUGUCAGAAGUGUCACCACUACUGUCGCACGUGCAAAGGAGAAGGUCCAUUGGAAUGUACAUCCUGUCCCCCGCACUCCAUGCUAGAGGGUGGCUUGUGCAUGGAGUGUCUCGGUGCGCAGUACUACGACUCUUUGACGCAGCUUUGCAAGAAUUGUCACACCGAUUGUCGAAGAUGUACUGGACCUGGAAAAUUCAGUUGCGCAGCCUGUUCGCCCCCGUUGCACUUGGAUAAGUUGAACAACCAGUGCGUGCCUUGUUGCACGGGCAACGAGAAGGGUCCACAGGCUGAAGAGUGCUGUCUAUGCGAUCCAGAGAGUGGCGGCUGCAGGAACAGCUCGCCAGCUGGUAAAAGAAGAGUACCGGGAACAGAGUUUGCCUCGGCAGACUCGGCCAUUUCAGAAGUGUACGCGAAUUACGAAGGAACAACGACUGAUAAGAGUGAUUCAGCGUCUCUGGCCAUAACGGCGACUAUAACCAUAGCUGUCGCCAUUUGUUUGGUAUCGGUAGCUCUGUUUGCUACCAUAUUCAUCGCGCUUCAGGCUAUGUCGGGAAGAAGGGAAGCUAACAAGGGUUACACGCAGCUGGCCAUGAGGGUGGAUCCUCCGGAUGACGUUGACGCCGACGACACAACGGAACUGAUGACCUAGACCCUUUUAACGUUUUCUAACUAAUGACAGGACCUCUCAUCAAAAGUGUUUGAUGAAGGUCGACCAGUUUCGAUCACGAUAGAUCGUGUGUUUGCGUGGCAUUAGAAACGCGGCGAUUAGAGUCGGGAACAGCCGCGCUCCGUUAAGAUCCGAUGUGGUCCGAGGCGAAGAAACGGAAACACACACGAUAAAAAUACAAAAAUGAACAAAAAAAAAAAAACACACAGAAAAAAAUAGAGAGAACGGAAUAUAAGUAUAGAUUGAAGGAAGAGGAGGAAUUUGGAGGAAACGAAAGAGUGGUGACGAGAGAUAACGGAUAGGGAUUAAACGGAACGGGGACAAAGGAACAAGAAAAAUUCGUUCAAAACGUGAUAGUAAAGACACUUUUUUUGGCGCACUGUACGGAGAGAAGUGUGACUGUUGUUCACUUUAUUUGAUAGUGCGGUUUGCGUGCGCGGUCGUGUGAAUGGCGGUGAACGAGGUGUUUAGGUAUACUUUUUUUAACGGUUAGGCGCGUCGCUGAUUCUUUCGAGUGCACAUACACUAGUGUGUAAUGCCGAGUAACUUUAAAUGGAAGUACGGUUAAUAGACAAACAAGAAAAAAAAAGGGUGACGGACAUUAUAAAGUGCCUGAUUUACAACGCCCUUUGACAACGUUCUUUCCUCUGCUCCCUUUAUUGGCCUCCGUCGUGAACGGUGGGUCGAAUGUUCACCUGUGCCGUCAACGAUGUGUAUUAUAUUACCAUUGGGAACGAUUCGUUCAAUCAUUCCCAAUUAGACAUUGAGAUCGACUAGAUGAAUCCAAUUCGCGUAACGAGCACCUGCAGGUGACUCGAUUCAGUAGACACCUUGCGCUGGAAACAGUUCCUAUACGGAUUGUUUUGUAUUAAUCCUAAUUACCAUCUGUCGCGAACGAUUCGUUGAACCUUCGCUCGUGCCCCAAACAAUGCGUAUCGUGGUCAUUGGAGAGUAUUCCUUAGAUCAUUCCCAAUUAGACUUUGAGAUCGACUAGAAAUUUUAUCGAGGAAUCCAGUUCGCGUAACGAGCACCUGCAGGUGAUCCAAGGAUCCAAGGAAACAAUGCUGAUAAUGCGGAGGCUUGGUAACGUACGAUGAAGAACAAACGUAGCCUCUGUGUGUUGGUUUGCAUUAUGGACCAGUUGAACGUAACGACAAGUGCGCAUUAUAACGUGUCAUUGUAACAUAUUAACGCUGGCAACACGAUUGCGGUGAUUAUAAAUUAAUAACGACAACGGGCGGAAAGGAGCAGACGGAAUAGGUUGAUGGAAUGUUCAACGGCGAAAGAGAGAAUGAAAGCGAUAGAAAUAGAAGUGAACAAAGAAUUGUUUGUUCCCGCGAGAAGGUUUGUACAGCUUCGUUCUCGUGCAACGAACCGACAUCCCCCCUCACCCCGAGAGAUGAGAAACCACACUGAUUUUCUUGAUGAUCCAGCGCGUGUAUCAGCCAUUCCGUCAUUUUUCAACCAAUCGACAGCCAACUGCAUUUUUCUAACUGUUUGUUGUUAUUGCUGCAUUGUCUAUAUAUUUUGUUUUGUUUAGCACCCUAGGUAUUUACCGCGUUGAUCCUGCUUCGUUCGUAUUAAUUUGUUGUAGACUAAAAUGAAAUGGAAAAAAAUGAAAACCAACGACCACGUUGAUGUUAAAUAACAAUUGGAUUUUAAACGUAUAACGAAGGAAACAUACGUCGCGAAGAAGCCACGAAACAGUCCUCGGUAAAUCGGUACCUUUAAGAGCUACUGUCCGCGCCUACCGUGUGAAUAUUGAAUUUCUCCUCGUGAUUUGAUAUAAAGCUAUUAUUGUACUUUUAUGAUGAACGCGAUUAUAAAUAUAUACAUAUACAUAUACAUAUAUAUAUAUAUAUCUAUAUACACACACUCAGGCGUUUAAAUAUAUUCUGAGUUCGUGUUCCCAUUGAAAUAUUAUUAUUAAAUUCUCUAACAUUUCUGUUCCCAUAA